CCUCUUUACCUCAGAAAGUAGUGUAACGCACCAGCUGAACUCUGAGAUGACUGAACAGAUUUUAAGGAUGUGGUUUUGAGUGUGAAUCAACCUUUUUAAUGGUCAAUGGAAACUUCAGAGAAGAUGUUUAACUGGGAUGAAGAGUGGAACAUCUCUUUUGCAGGCUGUGGAUUCAGGAGUGUUUACUACCUGGGAGCUUUGAGUUGUAUCUUUGAGCGGGUCCCACAGUUGGUUCAAGGAGCCUCCAAAAUAUGUGGAGCUUCAUCUGGUUGCCUCGUAGCUGCAGCUUUGACUGUGGAGGUUCCUAUUGAACAAAUCUGUGCUGAUGUUUUGACCGUGGCGAAAGAGGCCAGAAAACACACUCUGGGAGUUUUCCACCCGACUUUCAGUCUGCUGCGGACUGUGCGUGACACUCUGCUGGAGAAGCUUCCACAAGACGCCCACCUCCGAGCCUCCGGAAAGCUCUAUGUGUCCCUCACCAGAAUCACAGAUGGGAAAAACGUGUUGGUGUCUGAGUUUGAGAGCAGAGAGGAGCUCAUUCAGGUGUUGCUGUGCAGCUGUUUUUUCCCCGUUUACUGCGGUUUCAUCCCACCUUCAUACCGCGGAGUGCACUACAUGGACGGAGCCCUGAGCAACAACAUGCCUCUGUUAGAGCAGAGAAACACCAUCACCAUGGCCCCGUUCUCAGGCGAGAGCGACAUCUGCCCCAGAGAGGGUACCUUCAACUUCUUUGAGGUGCACUACAGCGACCUCAGCAUCCAGGUCAACACGGGGAAUGUGCACCGGGUCUGCACGUCCUUCCUGCCACCCAGAAUUGAGAAACUGGCUGAGAUUUGCCACAAUGGCUACAUGGAUGCUCUCUGUUUCCUGAGAGAAAGAGAUCUGCUUGGAACACAGUGUCUUCCCCCCAGUUUGGUGGCGGGGACGGACAGAGUUGAGCUGGCGAAGGCGUCGAGUCGACCUCAUGAAUCCAGAAAGAUGAUGUUGAAUGGACUGAACUCUCCUCAGGAAGAGGAGCAUCAGUGGCUGGACCUGAAAGUCAUAGAGAAACUGCCAGUGAGCUUCAAGAAAGUGCUGUGUGAGGCAUGCAGGGACAGUCAUGCUGGUGGCGGUCGGUGGUCUCAUCUCACAGACUUCCUUCCAGUCAAAGCUGUUUUGCAUCUGCUGACCCUCCUCUCUUUGCCCCUGGAGCUCACCGUCUCACUCACAAAAAGCAUGAUAUUAUCAGGCUGCACAGUGAUUUUCAGGCUGCUGAUGCUGACCGCUGAUCUCUGCAGACAGGCUACCAGCAGUUUAUCUACAGGGCAGCACCACAGCAGCGUCUCCCCUGGUUCAGACCUCAGAGACAACAACCAAAACUUUAAAUCGUUGACCUCAACACUCACCUCGAACUCCAAAAGUCUCCAUUUGGAUGACAACAGUAACCUGGACCUCCUCUCGCUCACCUCGACCUGUUUGAGUCCGUCCAAACUCCUCACUAACAACAAAUCUAUAUCUGGAAAACUGAUUUUUAAACCACAGAUGUAAACAGGCAACCAAGACCGCCAAAUUACAGUAUUUUUAAAAAUGUAUUUUAAUGUAAUCUAUCAGUGAUAAGUAGUCAAUUGUAUAUAUAUUAAUGAUCUCAUAAGACUUAAUUUUCCUAAAGGAUUGUUUUUUUUUAAAGUUUCGACUCAAAACCAUAUGAAAUGACGACAAAAGCUAAUGCUAACCAUAAUUAUUUAGUAUUAUUUUAACCAUUCAGUGUUUUUUUUAUUUUUAUGUAAAGUUAGUUACUUGUUAUAUGAAACAUUUUCACUGCUAAUAUAUAUAUUUUUCUAUGUAGACUGUAUCAAAGUCAUUUAAGGCCCGUAAUUUAGCACUGCUGUAAUUUUAAGUUAAGUUUAAAAUGUUGUUGUUACAGAAAUAUUUUCAUAGGUUUAUCUAAAAAACAUUUCAAGAAUUCACUUAUUUAUAUGAAGAUUUAACUGAUUUUUACUUUAUCUUACAUGUGAACACGUUUGUUACUUUAGUGUUUGGCACUGUUCAGUACAGCAGAGCCACAACCAGCACCCAGACGUUACUGCUGAAAACUUCCUAAGGCAUUUAAAUCUCUACUUAUAGGACCAUUUUGACCUUUGACCUCCUUAGAAAUAGAUUAUUGAAUAAUAAUAUUUAAAAGCAAGUUGAUUUGAGGAAUGCCUGAAAGCCAAAGUUCUGGCGCUCCAGCUCCACGACUCUGAAGCAUGUUUAUCAAUAUUGUGUUUCAACUGAAUCCAGUAAAACAUUGUUAAUUUACAUCUUUGACUCAAAAGGAGUUUAUUUUAAGUUGUGUAGAAGUCUGCAGGUUUGGUCAUCAGAUAAUGUUGGAAUAUUAUCUGUUUAUCUACCUCAGCUCAAGCAUAUCGUGGACAAAAUUACGGAUCAUAUUUCUCACAUCCUGCGUCAGAAACGAGACCUCAGCCUUACACUUUGGCCUCAACAAUCAGCUGCCUUUUUUUUUCUUGUAUUAUAUAUUCUUUGAAAAAAAUAAAAUCAGCACUAUAAGUUAACCCACCA